AUGCUACAAACAGCCGAAGGUAUGUUUAUAACUAAUAAUUUGACCAAACCAUACAUGAAUGAAACACUAACAUUAUCAUUAGAUGAUCAACUUAAAGAUAUGUGUCCUAUUUGUAAAACGGACAAGUAUUUAUCACCAAAUAUGAAGUUUCUAAUUAAUCCAGAAUGUUAUCAUAAAAUAUGUGAGAGUUGUGUGGAUAGAAUAUUUUCAUUAGGUCCAGCACCUUGUCCAUAUCCUAAAUGUGGGAAAAUUUUAAGAAAAAAUAAAUUUAAACAACAAAUAUUUGAAGAUUUAGUAAUUGAAAGAGAAGUUGAUAUUCGUAGAAAAGUGAAUUCUAUAUAUAAUAAAACUGAAGAGGAUUUUCCUGAUUUAAAAGAAUUUAAUAAGUAUCUUGAAGAAGUUGAAGAUAUUGUGUUUAAAUUAAGUAAUGGUAUUGAUGUUGAACAGACAGAAGCAGAAUUGAAUAAAUAUGAACUGGAACAUAAAUUAGAGAUUUUGGAAAGAAAUAUGAGAGAAUCUCAAAAGAAUGAUGAUUUAACGAAAUAUAGAGAAGCUAUGGAAAGAUUAAAACAAGAGAAAUUGAAAAUCCAGAAACAAAUGGAAAUCGAAGAUUUAGAAUAUCAGAAACAACAACAACAAGAAUUAUUAGAUAAAAUGACUAAUAGUUCAUCAAGUUCUGAAGAAUUGAUUAAGCAACAACAAAAUCAAAUGUUGAAGAGAUCUAGUUUAAGAAGAAAACAAUUACAAUCUAUAAAUAUUCAAUUAGAUCAACAAUUCAAUCAAUCAAAUCCAUUUCAUAAACAACUUGCUGAAGAUAUUCUGGCAGUACCAUUUACUCCAUUCCAAGGAGAUCGUGAUUUGAAUAAAAAAUAUACUUUAUUACCUGUACCUAAUGAAGUUGACAAGAUCUUGGAUAUUGAGAAUCAUAUUAGUGAUAGUUAUUUCGAUCCUUAUAUUAACAAAUUGGCCAAAAAUAAGACAUACCUUGGUGGUGGAUGGAGAUUACGUAAUGUCUUUGAACAGGCAUUAGAUGAAGCAUUUAUUGGUUUGGGAUGUAAUAUAGAAUCAGAAAAAAGUAAUUAUACAUUAUAG